UUUUUAGAUAAAGAUCGAAUUAUGAUGUAAAGUUAAUCGCUCUUACGUUGUUUUUAUUAGGUAUGGGAAAUGCAGAGAAUCCUGAGAAUCCAUACUCUUUUCUGAAUUUCUUAAACGGUCACGAUGAAGUAGCAAAGUCUUAUCAACCAGAUCCUAUGCCAUCUGAAAACUUGUCGAGGAAGAUGUUCUCUCCCUCGCUUGCUCCCUCCUCUAAACCUCCCUCCAAACCCGGCACUCCAAACCAAAAAAGUGUGUACCACAUGAGCAUGCGAGAAUUACGGGACACACUGGAAGCAAUGCAACUACGUAAUGCAGAACUAGAAGAAAAGGAAUUCAUGACAACACAGCUGGGCUUGAAAGUGGACCAGCUCCAAGCACAACUAGCCAUGACAGAGAAUGAGUUACAAAAGAGCCGGAAGAAGUGCAAGAGAUUACAUCUGGAACUUUCUGAGAGUCGAUACAAAGAAGAACAAGAUACCGAAGACUUGGAUCGGAUGGUUAAGAAGGUAGAGAAAAAGCUAGAGCGCAGUGAAGCACGAGCUGCGGAAGCUGAAUCUGAGCUGGCCAGAACCCGCUCCCAAAUAACAUCAUGUGAAACUGACAGGGUGUCCUGGGAGUUAUCACAAAGUGCGGAUAACGCGGAGAAACUUGUCAAGCAGAUGUGUAAUGGGAUAGAGGGAUUACGGAAGAUAGCUGCUAGUCUGGCAAGCAAAAACAGUAGAUGAGGACAGUUGUUGUGGGACCUGUCGUUAUUGAUACAUUUGUUAUUUGUUUUUGACGGUUUGUUUGGACUAGCGUAACUUUUCUAUCGUGGAUUACUCGAGUGCAUGAAAUCUGGGUACCUUAUAUAUGAGAUUGGACAAUGUACCGGUUGUUCUCCGAGCAUGAUAUAUUUAAGAGGAAAGGUGAAAAUGGAAAUUAUUGUGCUACGUGCGAUGUUGUAGCUGUUUCUGAUUUCGUGUUGUUUUUUAAGGUCCAGAUUAAAUAAAAACGGUUAAAAAUAGGUUUUUAUGCCUUUUAUUGUAGAUAAACCAUGGAAUAUGUUCAAGACUAGCUAUUAUUCACUAGUUUGGUCGUAGUUCAAAUAGAAACAUGCCUAUUGACCUGAUAACAAUAACUUGAAGCUGACUUAAUAGUUCACAAUAAUAAUCGAUCGCAGAUUGACUAAAACACAAGCCACCAUGCCAUCUUUCUCAAACAUUUGCCGCUCUGAGCAAGACUAAUUUAAGACUAUCAGUGUCUACGAUAAUGAGCUGUUUACUGUGAAAUGAGAACUAAACACGUUCUAAAUUAGUGAAAAUAGCUAGCAUUUUCUUGUAAAUAUUUGACGUUUGAUGUAAAUUAUUAUCAUUGUUUUAAUUUGAUGCACUAUUUUCUGUAUUAUAAAAAUAUCACAUUUGGAUCAAUCAUAUUAAGCUAUUUUAGCAGCGUUAAAUCAUAUUAAGCUAAAUAAGACUACCCAGCAGCGUUAAAUUAAUGAUUUAAAAUACCGAAAGUUUGUUCAUUAAAACUUACAGUGCGAUAUGCUCUGAAAAAGAGGGUGAUUAGGAAAUGAUUUUAUUAUUUUUCAAAAUGGAUAUCUGUGGAGUUUUCAGCGCAAGGAAUUUGAGGCAAUCUUUGGUGGUCAUCACAUCAGAAGGAAGAUGUGGGUUUCAAAUCCAUGCAACUAGCAACAACUGCAUUCUAUUAUCUUCACGGAACAUUGGAGCAGAUAUUUGUGAUAUUUUGAUUAUAUUAAUUGCUUAAUACACAAUAUUAGUUCUCUGCCAAAUAUUGGGUUUUGCUUCUUAGUCACCUCUUCCCAUAUCUGUAUGAUCCUUGCUUGACCAGCUGACUAUCUUCUCUCCACUUCCGCUAAUCCUAUCAACUUUUUGGAGACUUCUCCCAUAUUUCACCAUGACCAUCCAACUCGUCACCAUGGUUACAUGGUUACGACUAAACGUUACUCUUGUAACUUUUACUCUUGUUGUUAAUUCUCCAAAAACCCACCCAACAUAAAUUCAUAUAAAAUACGCAGAACGGAUGAUCUUUGUGUUGAAACCCUUCAGAAUUGUAUCCAAAUAUCAAAAUGUAAUUAUUAUCAGUAGGCUAGUUUUAAACAUAUAUUGUAAAUACUAUAUUAUGAGGAUAAUUUCUUGAUUUUUACUUACUUGGCUGUCAAUUGAUACCUUUGUUAACACGAUUUAUACUGAUCCACUUUGAUGUUUGAUUUCACUCUUUAAAAUUACGCUACACUUAAAGUUCAGUUUUUUUUGUGAACCUGCUAAUUUCGUUGUUCUAGUGCCAUUUAUAUUUAAAUGCUGUUUAAAUUACAUAAUCUUGCUUCAUUAGUACUAAUAUCGGGUGUGUGCAACCGUUGUGAUCCUCUAACGAAACUCUGUAACUGUACAGUUUAUUAAAUAAGACCCAAACGUAUAUCAU